GCGGUUGUUACUACCUUUUACUUGGUGUGGUCUCCUACAUUCUCAAUCUUCGCCUCGCGGCCAAGUCAAUAUGGACGACGAAACGGCAGAGAUAGAAUUGCUGGAGCAGAAUCUCAACAAGACGCGGCAAAUAUCACAACGAAUGACUUCGAUACUGUCUAGUUUCGAUGCACGCCUCGUCAAGCUUGAGAAGUCCAUUUUGCCGUUGUAUAACUCGUCCCAAAUCUUGACACGCCGAGCCAAGAAUAUCGAGAGUGCCUUGAACAAGAUCGACGAGAUCCAUGCCUACCAGGAAGGAAUCGCUGCGGAGGAGGCCUUGGUGCUUCGCGGCCCACAGCCAGGGCAGCUUCAGGAGUACAUUGAGAUCGUUACCCGUAUGAACCAGACAAUUGCGUUUGGCAGCAUGGAAAUCGGCGCUGUCGAGACUGCGCGUCUAGUCGAGACCGGUGCGAAGAAGCUUGUACAACUAUACACUAAGCUCGUCGCCGAGGCCUCUUCCGGCACACCCAUCAAUGGCCCUGAUUUCGAGCCCAUGCCUUUCCCGCCCAGUAUCCUCGAGACCCUUCACUCCCUUGUCGCCUUCCUCCGAACACUUCCUCUACCACCGACACAUCCGACGCACCCUGCGGCACCUGCAAUCCAGUCCGCACUCAAGGAAGCACAGAAGGGAUAUGGCGAUAUGCGUGGAGCAUGGAGCAAGAAAUGCUUGGAGGUCUACGGGAAGAGAGUCGUGGAACGUGCAGGGACGCUUAACGGCGUUGCGACCGGACGGGAGUUUGCAACGUUCAUGGACAAUAUCUUGAACAUCACAGAUGCCGAAUACGCUCUACUCCUCACCCUCGCCCCUCUGACGGCUCCUGCUUCAAUCAACAGCACUUACACGACGCUCCUGAACCCGCUCUGCUCCCUGUUCUCAUCUACCCUCUCCUCCCUCAGCUCGCUCAUCAAGCGCGAUCUCACCAAGAACACACCGAUGGCACUGUCACUCUUCUCCUGCAUGGGCGCAGCACAGGAUCGAUGGGAAGAAACGAUGGUCCGCCGAGCGGGCCGGCGCGAGAACGAGCUGAAGGACGGCUUGCAGAGCAUGAGAGCGACCUGCCAGCGGAGCUUCCCCGAGCUCUUGGCGGACAUCAAGUUGGCGGCGGGCAGCAGUCGCGGGGAGCUUAGCACGGGCGUCAUUGACACCACUUUGUCGACUGUCGAUUACAUCGAGCGGAUGCCCGACGUGCGCGAACCCGUAUGUGCUAUGUUGCUCAGUCUCGGAGAUGGCAACUGGAAGAUGGGUGAAGGCGCCACAGUCGCGAAGGCGGCGCGGCAAGAUAUUGACGAGAAUACUAUUCUCCACCACUUCACAUACGACCUCGUCAGUAUGACACUGAACACUCUGCAGGCCCUCGCCAACUCCAACCGACGACCCGCCUUCGGGUCCAUCUUCCUGCUGAACAACGUCUCGUACCUCGUCACGCGCUUCAUCACACACCCGACCUCGCCUGCACUCUCCGGGUUUCUCUCUAAGCCCACGCAAGACAUGCUGAAGUCGAACUUCCGCACGGCCAAGGCGGCGUACUUCGACUCGAACUUCAGUCCAAUGCUGCAGACGCUCACGGACGACGCGAAUAAGAGCAAGAGCGCGAUCAAGGACAAGUUCACGCGCUUCUUUGAUCUGUUCGACGAGACGACGGAGCGCCAUCAGCUCGCAAGGGUGCUGCACGAUGAUGAGGAGGCUCGCAUGCAGAUUAGCGAGGAGGCGGUCAAACUGGUCGUGCCGUCGUUGCAGAAAUUCAUACAGAAGAACCUCGGGAAGGAGUUCAGUAAGAACCCGAAGAAAUAUAUCAAGAUGUCGGCAGAAGAAGUCGAGGCUCUCAUCAAGAGCUUCUACCUCGCGAGGGAUGGGAUGCCUCCACCCGCUGAAAGAGAAACCAACAACCUACUUAUCCAGGCUGGCUGGAGUCGAUAGAGCGGGAUGACUGGAGUCGCCGGUUUGUAUAUAAUGAUGUUGUAUUGUCAUCGCAUGGAUGGAUGGAUUGUUGUGAAGACUCAUGACUGUCCGCGGCGGUGAGGUUCGGGGCUGUGUCAUGACAGUAAGGUGAGCCUCGUGGAUACUCAUCAUACAAUCC